GAGGGUGGAAGGUGUCAAGCUUUUCCAUUUUAAGCAGAGAUCCUACUCAGAUGAUCAUAAACUAGGCUUCCUUCACUAACAGUUGGUGGGUCUUUUUUUUUUUUAAUGAUGCUUAACAGAAACCUGUCACAUGAGCUGUGUCAAGGUUAAAUAUUUAUAGCAUAGAGCCUUACUUUGCAUCAUUCUCUAUACAUAUCUCUUCCUCUCUUCUACUUCUUCUCAAUUCUUUGAUCAGUUUCCCAAGAUGGCAAGCUACAUACAGAAAGAAUUGCCAUUUUAUGUUCGUGGAAUGACAACAGGUUUCCCAAUGGACGGAGGUAGCAGUGGUGGCGGUGGUGGUGGUGGUGGUGGAAUAAGGUCUUCAUCGCCAUCAUCAGAGUGCAGUUCUUCAGCAGAUGAUGCUGCUAUGUCUCCUUUGAACAAUAGUGCUGCAAAAUUCACCUCUCACAUUAUGGUACCAGAACAAGGAAGCAGAGCAUUUGCUUGUGCUGGUUCUAUAACUAAUUCUGUGAGACCAAGUGGAGGUGACAUCCACCAAAGCUUCAUUCCUGUAAACUUCAUAGAAACAUUCCCUGAAUUAACUCAAGUCUCCCAAGCACCUUCACCUCCAUCUUCAUCCCCAACAGCUUCAAGCCUCCCGAAUUUGACUCUGUUUUUGCAGGAACCCACUACCAUAGAGUCCUCCAGUACACAUAUUGCCAAUACAAUUGGCAAGGAUCAGAGGUGUCAAACCAUGUCAUCCUCACAAAACCCAUUUCUCCCUGUCCAUGAUCUUCAUCAGAUUCAGAUCCAAUCAGGAAUGGAAUGGCUCAAGAUCAAUCAGAAUUUUGUGAAUUGCACAUCAAAACCUCUCCUCAGUGACCACUGGCUAGGAGCCACCAAGACACAGCCGAUGAAGUACACCGGAGGAAGACGGGUGCAAGAUCAUCUCCAGAAGACUUCAUCCCCUGGAAAGCUGUUUAGAGGGGUGAGACAAAGGCAUUGGGGGAAGUGGGUUGCAGAGAUCAGGCUACCAAGGAAUAGAACAAGGGUGUGGUUGGGGACAUUCGACACAGCCGAAGAAGCCGCUUUCGCAUAUGACACUGCGGCUUACAUACUAAGAGGGGAGUAUGCCCAUUUGAAUUUUCCAGACCUCAAGCAGCAACUCAAGGCCAAUUGUUCUCAUGGUAGCACUGUAGCCCUCCUGGAAGCAAAGCUACAAGCAUUCAGUGAUCAAAAGAAAGCCACUAACCCAUCAGCACCACCACUCCCUUCAUCACCAAAGAGACGUAUAUCUCAGAGUUCAAACCUCAAAAUCUUGAGCCAAAAGCCAAUGAAAAAAGAGUGUUCAUUUGAUUUGGAGAACAGAAAUGGCUCUGAAGUGAUUGAGACCAAGAAAACUCAAGAGUUAUCAGAUAUGGAUGCAGUUCUUUUGAGUAGAAUGCCUUCAUUGGACAUGGACAUGAUCUGGGAUGCCCUUCCAGUGUCUGAUUCAUGACAAUGAGUUUUAGUCUUCUGUUUCAAAUUUCAAAUAUUGAAUAUGGUACAGUAUUAUGUUAAAUUGGAUGGAGAAUUAUAGUGAACCCAUCAGAUAUGAAAGAUCAGAUAGAUCUUCAUCUGGGUAUGUUUUUUUAUUUAAUCUUAUAGCUCAAUGUCAGUUGGAAGAUUAUAAGUUUUAUUUUUCUUCCAUUGAUUUC